AUAAAACCUCAGACAGUACUGCAAUCACAUCUUGAGAAUUUCUCUUCCCUAAUGGUUUUGCUCUUUUUGCUUUGGAUUGCAAGAGAUGAGGAAAAUCAAAGAAAAUUGGUACAGCCAUUUUUUUUAGAUUUAUAGGUUGCAACUGAUAUGGUUGAUGAAAGCAAUCACCGAGGGUCUCAAGAAGGAUAUUUAGAUAUUUUGGAUGAAGAUCUACAUGAAAACAAUUUAUCACAGAGUUUUAAAGAAACACGUAGAGCAUGCUAUUAUGUUUGUGGUAUUUGUAGAAAAUGGUAUGAAUCCACAGUUUCUUUGUUGAUUCAUUUUUCUGAGCAUUUUCAGAAGUGUCCUACAUGUGAAAUUUGUGGAGAAACAUUUACAGAAGCACAGGAUUAUGUUGAUCACUGUGCUCAACAUAUCGGAUGUACUUGUCUGGUUUGUGAUGAAACCUUUUUCAAUACCACAGAUUUUGAUACCCAUGUACUUGAACAUAAACUGAACUGUUUUAGGUGUAAAUUAUGUUUUACAUCAGAAGAGCAAUUGAAACGUCAUUAUGCAGAGCAUGAAGAUAUGAUUAAUUUUCAGUGCGAUAUAUGCUAUAAUUAUUUCAGUUCAAAAAGAAGCUUGAGAAUACAUAAAUGCACACAGCAUACACAAACAAAACAAUAUAAAUGUAAACUGUGCAAUGAAAAAUUUACACAGAAGAGUAGCUUGAAACGACAUAUAAAGUUUAUACAUAAAAACUCGAAACCUUAUGCUUGUCAUUUAUGUGGUAAAAAAUAUUCUAUAAAAGGUAGCUUGGAAACCCAUUUAUUUAAUCAUGCUGGUGAGAAACCGUAUUCCUGUUUGAUUUGUGGUCGUCGUUUUGCAGAUAAACGUAACUUCAAACGCCAUGGUCAGCAGCAUGUUGCCAUUGAGAGUCUUCCCUGUAAAAUGUGUGGCAAAGUUUUUCCCUCUGAUAAAAAGCUGAGAUCUCAUAUGUGGCUUCAUUUGAAUGAAGGAACUUACAAAUGUGACAUUUGCUCUAGGUCAUUUAGCUACAGUAGCCAUUUAAAACGACACAUAACGCAGCAUAAUGGUGAGCGGCCGUAUAUUUGUGGUUUGUGCGGAAGCAGUUAUAUAGAGAGGUACGAACUGGCUCGCCAUUUAAAGAAGAAACACAAUUAUGAACAAGAAGUGGUUGAUAAAAUUAUAGCAGCGAUAAAAUAUAGUAAUAAGGAAGCGAAAAACUAUGAUGUGGAGUUUCUCAAUAUUUAA